AUGUUGUCAAGAUUCUUUUGUGGUUCUUCACAGCCAUUGUCGAAUAGCUUUGUUGUGGUUUUCCGUCAAUUUUCAAAAACAACCCAUAAUAAUGCGAGAUUUGCUGGACGUCGGUUUGGAGGAAAUUAUGGUGUCGAAGAAGUUACGCGUACAACGCUGAAAGAACGUCUUAUGGGACCUACUACUGGAAAACCAUUUGUUUAUGGAAGUGCGGCUGUAGCUGGAGCAUCAUUACUUGGCAUUGGUGCUUUGUGUUAUUAUGGAUUAGGACUUUCAAAAGGAGGUCAAAGCAUCUUGGUGCAGUCAGGAACAUGGCCAACAUACGUGCGAGAUCGUAUAAAGUCGACAUAUGGUUAUUUGUUUGCAUCGCUAGGAGUAACGGCAGCUUCAGCUGUAGUAUCAUCGAGAUCAUUUCAAAUUUCGCGAUUAAUUAUGGGGUCACCGUUUCUCUCUAUGGCUGCUGUGAUGGCAAGUAGUAUCGCAGUGUCACUGAUUGAUUACGACAAUAAGUUGCUGAAACAUGCUGCGUGGCUCUUACAUGCAGGUUUAAUGGGUACAUUCAUUGGGCCGAUUUGUUUGAUGGGAGGCCCACUAGCAAUACGGGCAGCAUGGUAUACCGCAGCUAUUGUAGCAGGACUGUCAACAGUUGCUCUCACUGCGCCCUCUGAGAAAUUUUUAAUGAUGGGAGGAGCCCUGGCUAUGGGUCUUGGUGUUGUGUUUGCAUCAUCAAUUGGCACAUUCUUCUUACCCCCGACAUCUGCACUUGGUGCAAGUUUGAUGUCGAUUUCCAUCUAUGGUGGUUUGAUAUUAUUUUCUCUUUUCCUAUUGUUUGACACUCAAUAUGUGGUCAAACGAGCACAGAUGCAUCCAAUUUCGGGCACAAGUGAAGAACAGGUUUACAAAUCUGGAUAUUAUGGUAGCAUUGGUAAUGGAUAUUAUGAUGUUGCAGCACCUAAAAUUCGCCGAUUUGAUCCAAUCAAUGCACAGCUUUCUAUAUAUAUGGAUGUCUUGAACAUUUUUAUUCGAUUGGCUACAAUAAUGAUGGGUAUGCAAGGUGGAGGCAGAAAACGAUGA